CAUCUAUCAACAGUCAACCCUGGUAUGUUGUCGGGCGUCGGUAAAAACGCAAGGAGGGAAUAUCUUUAUUUACAAGCGAUAUAUAAUAAAAAGUAAGGUUAAGAACAAGCUGAUAGUAUUUUUUAAGGAAUUAGCAUAUAUUUUGAUUCACAAGUGUAAUCAUACCGAAUAGUUGUCUGUAACAUUUAAGUUUGUACGAAGUGUGUAUUAAGUGGCGUCAGUAGGCCUUUGGAAGGCUGCUUCAACCUAACCUAUCAAGUUGUCGGAAAAAUUAGUUCUCUAAAAUUUAUACAAAGUGCUGCUGAGAUCAUGGAAGAGGCUAUGAAUUUCCACACAACUAAUAUGAAUCAUCACUGUUUAGUUUGUGGGACAGACUCACUUGCGAAUUAUGUUGAUUUGACACUGGUCACUUCUCGGACCAGUCAAAGUGAAAGUCUUGUGAAGGAAAAAUUAAAAACUAUUCUGCGUGAUAAAUGGAUACCUCCGGAUACUGAAAUGUCAAUGGUGAUAUGCUUGCCGUGUUUUCAUUUGGUAGAUCAGUUUGAUGUGCUAGAAAAUCAGUUAGAAAAUAUAAGGGAUAAUCUAGCAGCUAAAUAUGUUGGUACCAACGGAGUAAAGAAGCAGAAGACUCCAGAAUCCUUUCCACCACCACCACCAGAAGAUUUAAGUAAUUCUGACAGUAGUGAUGAUGACAGGUCACUCUCUCCAGUAGUUAUUACAACUACACGAGGUCGCAAACCAGGUACAAUUAAAAUCACAAAGCGGCCAAGUUACAGCAGGAAGGAGAAAACAACAAGAAGAAAGAAGGUUUCAGCAGAGGCCAGGAAGUCUGCUGCAGAGGCAAAAAAAGCAGCAGCUGAAAUGAAAAAAGCUGCAACUUUAGCUAAGAAAGCUGCUGCUGAAGCAAAGAAGGCAGCUUUAGAAGCUAAAAGAGAAAAAGCAAGGGCUGAACGAGCAAAGAAGACAUGGUGUCAAGGACAACCUGAUGGAGAUGCUGGCACAAGCAAGCAGCUGGGUGAAGCUGGUAAUAUGAAUGAAUCUGGAACAAAUGAAAAUGGAAACCAGGUUCAUAAGGAAGGUGGCAAAGAACAGAUAUCUGAGGAGGAAGAACGGGAGAGGAGAACAAUUUAUGAUGACGACCCAUCUGUGUUUAAUCCUGGAGAGAAGCUACGAGUAGGAAUAAUUCAGGCAUCAGGUGAUGGUAGCAUUGCGUAUGAAUGUUGCUACUGCAGUGAAAGAUAUGGUGACACAGAGACUUUGAAGAUGCAUGUCCGGUCAUGUCAUCGCCCUGAAAUUUUGACAAUGCAGAUUCCAGUAGAGUUGGGUUUUGGAAGCAAAGUAAAUUGUGGUGCACAGCUUAGUAAUGUUACAGCAACAACGGACCUUUCCAAGCCAUUUGUUUGUAUCUACUGUACUGGGGCAUUUAAAUUUAAAAGUAACAUCAAUUUACAUUACAAAGAAAAACAUACACCAUACAAGCCAUUUGCAUGUAUGGAUUGUCACGAGACAUUCCGGAGAUCAAUGGAAUUGUCACGUCACAGAGUCUACUACUGUCCACUUGGCAAGAAAAUUAAGAAGACAAAGAAAGAAAGACAGAAGGACAAGGAUAAAGAAAGAGAUGAUGAAGAUAUGUAAACUUAAUUAUAUGACUUUUUUUUACCAAUUUCAGUAUUUUACAUUAAAAUAUUCUUGUUGUUGAGUGAAAUUCUGAAGCCAGAUAAACUGAUGACUUGUGGUUUAAUCCAUAUUACAAGGUGUGAAUUAGAUAUACCUUCUAGAUGCUUUUCUGUGCAGAAUGGUCUGAUUUUACUUUGACAGUAAGAGUUGGACUGAACAAUAAACAGAGGCAAUAGUGAUAUGGAAAUGAAAUGUUAAAACAGUAUACUAUGGAAAGUGUUGAAUACUGACUUUUAAGUUGUGCCAUCACCUUUAUUAAAUUAAAUAGUAAUGUGGGAUGCACGUUUGCAAUUAAUCUUCCCAUACCAUCCGAUUUUAUUAUUUAUUUACAAGCCACAUGUCCUAUAAUGUAAUAUUGUAUUGACCUGAAUGUAAGAAUGUCUUAUUUCAAGCUUAUGUGUUUGGAAUUUGUUGGCUCAAUGUCCUCAUGUUUUGAUCUUGAAGAAAAAGUAAUUUUAAUUAAAUGAUUAUGCCAUAACAUGUUUAAACUUACAAUCAGGCCAUUAAUGAUAAUAUUGAUGUUAACAGGGGUGCAGUCUUAGUUGACUUACUGAGGCAACAAAUCAAGAUCAGCAGGAUAACUUUAAAAGGUUCUAGUAGAUCUAUAAAGUUCUACAUGCCAGCAAGCUACUAGCUAAGAUUAAAAUGUACUGUUGCUGAUUAUUUUCCCGGUGGAAGAUGCUGUGAAUAUUCUCAAAACCUGAUUUUUUUAAGAAUUGGAGAUUUGAGAAUAGUCCUCUUUUGUAAAACUGAAAACAUGGAGUGCAUUGCUUUAUGAUGACAAGUUUCUAUGGUUUUCAGUGGCGGUACUGAACCUGUGCUAUGACAGACCUUCCAUAACCUCAGGGACAACUGACAGUAAAGACUUAGGCUAAUUUAGAA